AAGACGAGGAGGAGGAGGAACAGGAGGAGAGGGCGGGCGGCGAGGCUGCCGGACCCUCCUCCGCAGCAGCAGCGGCUGCAGGUGCUGCUGCCGCUGACCCCGGCAGGCCCUCUCGCCCCCGGCGUGAGGGCAAGAGCCGGCUGGUGUACGUCAACGGUGUUCCCGUGCUCAAGGCCAACAUGUACGGUCUGGAGGAUGAGGACACCCUGGCGUGGCAGCGCGGCUUGCGGAAUGGCCAAGCCGACUUGGGCGGUGUGCAGUUCGCCCCUCCUCCGGCCCCCUCGCGACAGCAGCCCCCCAAGGCCCCCAGGGCCCCCGCUGCGCCCCGGGAGCACCCGCCCGAGUACCUGGCCCGACAGGAACACAACAACGCCAUCCGAGCAGAUGCGCAGGCCGGCCAGGUGUCCCGCGCGCGCUACCUGCUGCAGCACCUGGACCGCAUCCGGCCCUUCAUCACGCAGCAGGCGGAGGCCCACAUCCGCAGGCUGGCAGCCGGCCCCGGUCCUGCAGCGCCGCAGCCCCCGGCCCCGCCUGUCACCCAGCAACCCGAGCAAGUGCUGGCGACGCUGCGCGAGUACCAGCUGGAGGGUCUGGCCUGGAUGGUGGCGCAGUGGGAGCGAGGGGUGAACGCUAUCCUGGCGGAUGAGAUGGGGCUGGGGAAGACGCUGCAGACCAUCACCUUCCUCGCGCACCUCAAGUUCGUGUGCGGGGUGGGCGGACCGCACCUGGUGGUGGUGCCGCUGUCGGUGCUGUCCAGCUGGAUGAGCGAGUUCCGCAAGUGGUGUCCCUCGCUGCGGGUGGUGCGGCUGCACUCGGUGGACCAGGAGGAGCGGAGGAGGCUGGUCAAGGAGGUGUUGGGCAACCCCGCCAGCUUCGACGUGGCGGUCACCACCUACGACAUGGUCAACAGCCAGCACUUCGGGCACAGCCUGAAACACACGCUGGUGUGGCGCUACCUGGUGCUGGACGAAGGUCACAAGGUGAAGAACGAGGAGACGCGCGUGUCGGACGGCAUGCGACACAUCUCCCGACAGCAGGUGCUGCUGCUGACGGGGACACCCAUACAGAACAACCUGCACGAGUUGUUCGCGCUGCUGUCCUUCCUGUACCCAGACGUCUUCACGGACGCAACGCGAUUCGACGAGGCGUUCAACCUGGGAAAGAACAAG